UCCUAAUCGCCGUCUGGCAACACUGCAAACUGAAUACAAUACAGCUGAAAAAAAUAAAAUGUGAAUUAGUUGGCGAAAAAGUAAAUAUUAAAUCCAAAUAUCCUAUUUGCGAUAUUUAGGUGAAACUAUCACGAUAUAAAUUUAUCGUUUUUGAUAUAUUGAUAAAUUAUCAAGAACCAACUAUAUAAAUAUCAAAGUCCAACGUCCUGAGAGGAAAACAAUAUACGCUGCCAGAAAAAACAGCAUAUUUGAGGCCGACUGUCGCUCCUGGCCGUGCUGGGAAGAUCCUAUUGGGAAUACCAUGUCGACGCUGCAACUGGAAUUUUCGCAGGCCAUGGCCGACUUCAAGAAGAUGUUCCCCGACAUUGAUCGGGAGGUGAUCGAGGCCAUACUCCGUGCCAACCUGGGCGCCGUGGACCAGACCAUAGAUGCCCUUCUCGCCAUGUCGAUAGACAACCAGAACGAGAAACUGCGCAAUGAACUGGAUGCUAAUGUCUCGCCUCAGCAGAGCCUCAUCAACCUGAACGACUCGGACAAAGACCUCCGCCGGACUGUCGACACCACGGAUGCUGGCGGGGAGGCGGGAGGACCUAAUGGCGCAUCGGCGACUGGAGCUCUUUUGACAGCCGCAAGUGCCUCGCCGAACCACCACAAUACGGGUGCCUCACCGAAGCAACGUCCCAACAAGCCGACAGGCAGUCAAAGCAACACGCCCAGUAAGCGAAAUCGGCGCUGGAAUCCGCCCAUCCUCGGACCACUGCCCCAGGGCUUUCUGCGCAUUACCCCGGCUCCCGGACAGCAGGACUUUGAGCUCCCAGACGAACAAUUCGCCCUGAUGCUGCAAAACGAGGAGUUCAUGAACCAAUUGCGCUGGAACCAGGACUUCAUGAACGCCUUAGAGAAGGAGCAAAGCGGCAAGGCCAAGGGGGAGGACGACGCACCCUUCCAGGAGCGGCUCAAGAACAUGGGCAAGAUGUCGCGCAAGAAGUUCCUUCAAAUGGCCAGGGUGUUCACCUGGCAGCGCAACAAAAAGGUGACCACAGCCAAGCAGAUCGACUCUUUGCCAUUGCGAGAGGAGCCCAGCGAUGAUGAGGACCACCAUCACCAGCAACAACAACAGCAGCAGGCUAACCCCAACCAACAGCAGCAGGCCAGCCAGCAGCAGCAGGGCCAGUUGCAGCUGCGAAAGUGAAGCGGAUCGGCAUUUUGUUAUCUAAUCUCAACGGCCAUAACGUGACCGUCACGUGCGCUAGUAAUCUCCUCUAAAAGAACCCGUUCCCAACCGUAAUCUCUAGGCAAGAACGAAAUCUCCAAUCCAAACGAAAUGAUUGUAUUACCCUAGUUUUAAGCUUAAGUGCAAUUUUAAUUCCGUGCAAUAUUUUCUUGAAACUUUAAUAUUUUUAUACGGUUCUGUUUGUUUACUUCAAUGGUGUUUCGACCUCAGACUCUUUUAUGUUUUUCAGAUAAUGGAGUACUCUUAUCUGCAUCCAAAUUAUCUCAUUUUAUUGGUUUUUUUCCAAAGACACCCCUAAUAGAUAAGCCUUUUGUUCUCCCCUUUCGUUGUUGCCAAAUUAGCGUAGUUACGUUUACCGGUAAUUUGAAAACGAAUAGAAAGUUUGCUAGAAUCACACUCAUACUCAAGUUUGACUGAUUAUCAGAAGCGGUUAUUAACAGAAGCAUCACACCAGGACUCCAUUGACGAGCACUUUGCUUACCCCGAAAACCUAGUCAUAAAGCGGAACUCCAGCCACUAAUUGUACAGAAACUUACACUAAAUUUAAAUCUUACGCCCUCUAUUUGCGUUUUAAAUUUUAAAUGCUGCGCCAAGCCUAAGCCGUCUUCAAAAAUAUGCGUAUUAACGUUUACCCGCGAAUCUCUUAACACUUUGCAUACCAUAUCAGCUGCAGAUCUAUUGAAACUCAAAAACAACUCCGACUUUAAGCAAAACCUAAGCAGUUCUUACCGUGAAGUGAAUAUGCGUGCUAUAAACAAGCAAAUUAUUAUAUUUAUUAAAUCGGCUAUUUGAUUGUAAUUGUAUGUAUAAAUAUUUGAAUAUCAACCGUAUAUAACUAUUCCAAGUAUCAAAUACAGAUAUUUCAAAACUCAA